AUGAAUACACAAUUCGGCGAAGUUUUUCUCUUUCUAACCGAUUUGGCUUGGAAAAGUAGAAUAACUAUACCGAUGCUAGUAACAACAGUCUUUCUCAUUAUGGAUAUACGUUUGCAAAUAGAAAUCAACAUACAAACCGGGCAGGCUGCUGCAGAUUUAGAUGAUCUUGAUGAUGAUUAUGAUGACGAUGAUGACGACGAUGAUGAUUCAGAAGAUUAUACUAGUGAUGGCUCGAGUGAUGAAGACGAGAAUGCAAAUAUGUUUAUGGAAUUUGCACAUGAGCACAAUCAGCAGGAUAAUAAUAGCACUGCUAAUCGCUGGAGACGUUCCUUAGGGUUGAGUUAAUUUUUGUUUUUGUAAUGAAUGUGUAAAAUUUA